UGUAUACACUGGAACUCAACAACAACGACAUCACAAGCCAUGGUGAGAGUCAACUGUGAUUACAUACCAGCAUGGCCAUUCGUCUAUUACAAGAACAAGACAAAUGUAAUCCUACAUAUCCUCUGGCCAUUUAUCACAUGGAAAGAGACAAUCUCUGGAUACAAGGUGUUGGCAUUGUUCUACUUCUUGUUCAGAUUGACAUGGAAUGAACGCAAGUCAACUCAAUAUGUUGAUAUAUUUUGGCCUAUUAUACAUUUGGAGUAUAAUGAUAAUGGCUUUCGAUUUGGUAUAAGGCCUCUCUUUUGGCUCGUGUGGACGGACAAGUCAUUCAAAUUCAUACUGUUUGGCCUGAUAACGAUAGUUUCCAAGGAUGGCGGCGAUGACAUGUGGGUGGUGAUAGCGCCAUUCAUCUGGUUCCGGAAAGAUGGUGAUCGGUACUUCUUCACACUGGCACCCAUACUGUGGAUAACAGGACGUUCCAACAAUGAGCGACUCAAGAUCGUAUUGCUGCCAGUUGGAGUCUUCUCGAGAAGUAGCAGUGGAAAUUGGUGGCUAAACAUCGCAUUCCUCUUCCAUCUGGCAGGUGGCGACGACUUUUACUACUGUCACCUGUUGCCAUUGUUUGUCGUAACUGGCAACGAUAAUGGAAUGCUGUUCAUCUUCAUGUUCCUGUACUACUACAUCCGGCGACAGAGUAGCUUCACGACAUUGCUGCUCCUGGCAUUCUUCUACCGCUCUUGGGACGAAGGCAAGUCACGCUUCCUCAACAUCUGUCUGUUGUUCAACUAUCGUCAUCUGAGCGGCACGGUCACCAACGUGGUGUUGUUCCCUCUGAUGUGGAUACGCUCAGUGUCGGGCCACUCAUUCACCUUCCACCUGUGGCCUGCCUUUGGCUUCAAGGUGUCACAAAAGUCGCGUGGCUUCAACGUCUACGUGCUCUACCCCAUCGUGAUCUACAAGAACAAGCAUGGUGGCGCGUACAAACGCUUCAUGUUUUUCUACGCCCUGAUACACUACCUGCACGACAAGGAGGAGCGCAUCAAGCUAGUCAUCUUCCUACCCAUCUUCCUCUAUCGUCGCAUGCAGUUAAGCUCCAGUGGAUUCAUCCUACUCUACUUCUGGCAUCGCAGACGUCGUCAGAUCAACAUCCAGAUGGAGGACAUCCAACGCACUACUUCUGGCGGAGACCCAGACCUGUCAGACGUGCCCGUCGCCAACAUGACCAAACACUACAAACUUUUCUAUGACGUUCAGGGCUUCCUGCCAUUUGUAUUCUACGUACGCAACCAAGACCUGCGGUCUCUGGUCGUGUUGCCAGUUCUCCUGCUCAAGUGGCACACAGACACAAUCAACUCUACAUUGUUGGCGCCACUGUUUUACCAACGUCGUCGCGGAACUGACCUCGUGCGAUGGUUACUACCACUGUUCUAUCACAAGCAAUCCACACAUGGUGAGCAGGAGCGAACCAUCACACUGUCCCCAUUGUACUACUAUUGGCAAAAGGGAGACAAUCACUUCCGCUUCAUACUGCCAGUGUUUGUGGACUUUGUCAAGGGUGAGUCGCACCUGGUCUACAUCUUCCCAACCCUCAUUCACUACCGCAAGUCUAUAUUCAAGUUCGAAACGUUCUUCCCCUUCUACUUCCGCAUCCAGGACGCUGCCAAGAACGAGCUGUUCACAUACUACUUCCCCUUCUGGGGCUCAGGCUUCCAGGGCUCAAAGUGGCGCAGCUACUACUUCCUCUUCCCAUUGUUCGCAUACAAAGAGGACCCUGAGCGACAUGCCAAGAUCUACGACAUUCUCUUCCCACUGUUCCACUUUGAUCGUGACGACGAAUCACACUCAAUUCGCAUACUUCCAUUCUUCUGGCGCUCGGUCAAUGAGCGAAAUGAGAUGUUGCUCAUCAUGCCAUUAUUCUGGCGCUUCGUCACGGACAAGGAUCGUCGACCCCAGAUCAACACACUCUUCUUGCCAUUCUACUUCAAGCGUGACUCUGCCCAGUACCUCUUCACAUUCGCCUCGCCUGCCCUCCUGCCGCCUUACUACAUACAUUACCAUCGCGAGGCCAGCCAGGUUGAAAAGACCUUUGUCUUCCCAUUCUACGCGCACAAGAUCAAGGGCCUUGACCAUCUGCGGUGGUUCCUACUCGUUCUCUACCGUCACACUUGGCGAGACUUUAGUGAAGACAUGUACAUGAACAUCCUUCUGUACUUCAAGUUCAACAACAGUAAGCUGAGUGUCAGUGGAUUCGUCCCGCUUUGGGUGCAAUGGUUGGUCAAGGACAAGCAACACUACCAUCUACGAGUUCUGCUCCUCUACGCCUACGACCGCAUGAAGUCUUCACUCAAACAUCGCACCAGGGUGUCCAUCCUCUACCUGAUCACCAACAGAGUUGCACUCUUUUGCGAAGCAAUGGACGUAGUUGCAACAACGAUUGAUCCUGAAACUGGCGAACCUCGAGCGAUAGAGAUGACAGAGACCUCGCCAACACCAGGUGGUGAGGACUACAAUGGUGCGACAACCGCCGACUCAAGUGCCAAGCGAUACAAGUCCACAAAGGUGUACUUCUUCCCAUUGUUCCACUUCAAGAGAUCCGAAGAGACCUCGUACUAUCAGUUCGCAUUGCUCUGGUUGGCCAAACCAUACGUCUCAUUCCUUUACCGUUUCAAGGGAUCAGAUGAGAGCGUCUUCCAUAUCUUCCUGGCAUACUACUUCAAGCGCACAGACUCCUGGCGUCAGGUGGCCCUGGUCUGGUUCUUCCACCCAGUGGUCAGUUGCUUCUUGUACGAGGACGUCCUGACAAGAAUAAUAGUCCGUGUGUUCCCCAUCUUCUGGUUCAAACGACGCAUUACCCCAGACAACCAGGUUGGCAGCAAGAAUCUAUCCAUCAUUUACAUUGUGCCUCGCUAUGGACUGUUCAACUACCGAUGCAAUCAGUCCAACACUGAGAGGACACACUACUUCUUGCCACUCUACUACUAUUCUCGUCAGGGAGAGACCGACCGUCGUCUGGCAAUUAUCUGGUUCGCACAUCCAAUCGUGUCGUUGUUCACCUCGAUACGCGACAGUACGCACAGCAUUCACCGUCUGUUCCCAAUAUUCUACCGAUACAGCAGCAGCCAGGCACAUUCAUUGGCGGGCAGGAGUGGCAUUGCGUUUGUUUGGAUUGGACAUCCAGACGUCAGUCUGGUGCGCUACCAUCAUAGCACCGACUCUUCAAUCUUUGCCAUCUUCCCCAUUCUCUGGACCAAGUGGUCACAUGUCGACGAGAAGUUCCAGUUGUCAAUCGUAUACAUUGUUCGCGGCUUUGGUCUCAUUGACUAUCGUCGCAAGAGUGCUGACGAAGUGCGCUUCUACAUGCUUCCAAUCAUACAUGUCCAAACAGAAAGCACAGAGACCAAUGUGUCCAUCGUGUACCUCGUUCAUCCACUGGCAUCAUUCAUCAGAUUCAACUCAUCAUCGUCAGAGACCAAGUUCUUUGUAUUCCUACUCAUCUAUAUCCUCAGUGGUGAUGACCGUUCCAACUUCUCCCUUCUCUGGCUUGGUGAUCCACGUGCCUCAUUCAUUGGAUACUGGUCCAAAGGCAACCGUUCACACUUCCACAUUGCCCUCGCCUUUUGGCUAUCGUUUGUCGAUGAGAACAUGCAGCUUGGUCUACUUUGGCUGGGCUGUCUAAGGGCAAGUGGCGGUGUCUACUACCCAAUCGCGCUAUUCCUGUCGUUCAGCGACGGCAGCUACUACACAUCACAUCUUAUCCCAGUUUAUCGAUACACCAACCGCAUCACAGCGGGACAUGAACGUCUGUGGAUUCUGUUUGGCAUGAUCUACCUGGUGACCAAGGCCGAUGUCACCGACUUUAGAUGGUGCUACCGUUGGAUACGUGUCAAGUCUGGACCAUCAGUCAGCUUGGUCGAGGUCAAUCCAUUCAUCCAUUACAAGAGAAAGAGUGGAAACUCUAGACUUUUGUUCCUUGGUGGAAUGUGUGGCUACGACGAUUCCGCUCGCGGUGGUGGAUGUCGUGUCUGUUGUAUCGAAUGCUAA